CCCUGCGGCCGCCUCGUAGACGGCGCUGCGGCGCUCCGCGUCUUCAGGGGCCGCCUCGCCAUGGCUGCUCGGGCUGGCGUCGCCCCCGCCGGCGAGGGGCUGCGCUAUGCGGAAUACGUGCCGCCCUCGGCCAAACGGCCUGACGCCGAGAUCGACCACGGUCUGGCAAGAAGUUUGAUAGCUGUAGGAUUGGGUGUUGCAGCUCUUGCAUUUGCAGGUCGCUAUGCAUUUCAGAUCUGGAAACCUUUAGAACAAGUAAUCACAGAAGCAACAAGAAAGAUUUCAACUCCUGUUUCCUUUUUGGUGCUCGGUAAGUUGUCACCGAUCAUGGAGAACAUAUGAUAUUUGUCCCUUUGG